CGAAUUAAUCCGACGAUUGUCAUGACAAACACACAAAAACCUACAUGGCACGAGAUGAACACACACAAUAAAUUGAAUGCACUCAUUACGUUUAUCGUCAUCGCGCCAUAUAAUGCCUGUUGAGUAGUUUUUACUUACGCUUUGUGCACGAGAUUGAUGGUUAAUUGUUGGCUGUGAAAAAAUAAACGUAACUUGAAAUGGACUACGAGGAUGUUAUCAACAUGACCGAGGUCGUGGACAGCUCUGGAGCAAUAACUCCCGCACAGUCAAGAAAAGAUAUUUCGCACGAGAUCGUGUUCCUAAUUUGUUGCACAGUUGCGUUCGUAGCCGACGUCGCCAUAAUAUUCACCAUACUCCGCUUCAAGCAGAUGCGAACCGUGCGUAACAUCCUAAUAGCCAACUGGGCCGUUAUGGAUUUAUGCUCCCUGUUGGUCACCCCGAGCGGUUACAGGAUACUUUCAAUUUUUUACGAAUUUUCCAUUUUUAAAAGGGCGGAAUGUCUGUUACACGCAUUUGGUGCAGCGUUCCACUACGCUGUUGUUAUGUGUGUCUUUAUACUUCUGGUGGAUUGGUGCAUCGCCGCGUUCUUUCAUAACGCGUCCAGGAAGAUUCGACCAUACUACAAAUUUGCUCUGGGAUUUCAUUGGGGAGUAUUUAUAUUUUUUACCGUCCUCUACGGGACCCCUUGUCAAAAUAAAUACAGUGCAUGGGGGAUGCAAAUUUUGCAUGCUAUCAUAGCAUUCUUCACAUUAGCUGUCUUUCUGAUUUUUAUGAUCAUCCUUAGAAUUGUGCUUAUGGUACAAAAGUGUAGAAAGAAGCCUUUGGAAUGUCCAAAGCUGUCAUUACACCUAGCCACUGGAUUUAUGAUGUGCUACAUACUGGCCUUCGCAAAUAUUCUCUUCAUUGAAUUUUUACGAGUACGCCAUCCACUAUUCGCAAUGAUUUCGGCCUGCAUGGUCUUCUGUAACGCGAUUCUCAACUUCGUUUUCUUAUAUUUUUGCGAUACACAUUUUCAAGCUCAUUUCAAUCAAGUGAUAAGGUGCAACUUCCAGAGAUACAAUAACCAAAUUACUGAGUUAGACGAUCACUUCAGCGAAGUUUCAUUUCAUAAUCCUUCUGAACAAUUAAUAAACAAUAGCCGUUAAAUGUGUUUGAUGUUGUCAAUAAAGUAUUGGAAUAGAAAA